UUUCCCUGAACUCGCAUCAACACUCCAUCUCGAACGCGCAUCACCUGCUGCUCACCACCCCGCCACGAACGGAAGCCGCAGGCCCAAAAGUCGACACAGUUCGAGUGCCCCCCGUCUGCUGCUAAUCAACACCUCGCUGUACGCUUGAGCACCGCGGGCCUAAAAGUUGACGCGCCAGCGGCAGCUUCGAGCUGGAGCAGAACUCUCGGGACCUUGGAGGCGAUGCCGACGCGAGCUGAAGCAGAACUCUCGAACAGCGCCCCGCGACGAGGCGGGAAGCUGGCCAGCCCUUGGCACCGAGCGGCUGGCUGGCCGACUGGCACACAGCCGACUGCGGCCGACCGACUGUGCCUGGCCGGCCGACCGCUAUGUACAACCGCGGGGGCGCGGACAGCUUUGCGCUCGACCCGGCCCGCCGCCAUGCAUUCGGGACACCAGGUGCACGGGCGGCUCCUGAGGAUUCGGAGGGGAGCUCACCCUCGCAGAACCCCAAGCCUGAGGGACUCCCCACAAGGGGAGGGGGAGAAGGAGAGAGCGGGAGAGGGGAGGGGGGGAGAGGAGGAGGAGGCGGUGGAGGAGGACGACGACGAUGACGACGACGAGCAGGAAGAGAGGAGCGGGAGGAGGCUCUGAGAGUAGGGCUCGCACGGGCCAGUCCCGACCCUGGACACUGUGAGACUCGGCCGGCGCCUCUCAGCCCGCGAUAAGCCUGCCGAGGAGAGCGCAGCAGAACUGGAAGAGAUUGGCGCUGGGACCCGACACAUUCAAAAAGGGUGGGACCACCCCGAGCGCGCCGCAGCGCUGGGGAUCCAGCCGCCCAGCGCUCUGCCCCCACAUUUCACACCAGCGAUGCACGGGGUCGGCGUGGCGGCUCCGGAGGGUGAAGGAACAUGACCUCCGUGUGUCGGGACAGUGCGGGGCUCGAGAGUUGCAGCUCCAGGCAAGAGGCUGCCUCUCUGAAGCAAAUGUCGGUCACGAUGCCCAGUGGCGUUCGGACAUCGGCUGGCGUCAGAUGCUAGAAUGGGCCUCCGGGGUCCAGACCUGGCGUGCGGAGAGAUCAGAGGGUUUCGGGACGCGAAUCACGCCGUGCCCAGCAGACUACCAAGGCAGCCAUGCCCAGCCGACUACCUAGGUUGCGAUGCCCAGCCGCGCGAUUGGCCCACCGCCCACCGCCCCGAACAUGUAGCAAAAAACUGACGAUGACUGACUAGAAACAGCGGGCGGUGAACGCGAAGACUGACAGAAAAAGUUCCCGUGCGAGUCCUUGUGACUCGUGAAGGUGGCGAGCAGGGGGAGCUGCAGCGUGCGGCGCGAGCAGAGAACUCCGGGGCAGGCGUGGGAGCCAGGGGACCGGCGAGCCCGAGGCGAGCCCAGGCAGUGCUGCAGGGCUGCCUGGCGACCGAGGCCGACGCUCACUCGCGCCCUUGCGCGCGGCACCGCGCUGCCGCACCGCGCGGCGGACGCCGGCCGGCCGGCGCCGAGAGCCGCGCGGCCCUCGCCCUGGCCGCGGCGAGGCGCGCCACGGCGCGCAACCGGCAGUCGCAGGUGCACCGCCCCGGCACUGCACGUUCGCCUAGGGCGCGUCCCUGUCGGCGAACCUCUGCAGCCUGGGCCGGCGCCCCAGCUCGCAGGGAGGGCUGGCGACCAGGAGCCGCCCCGCCUGGGUGACGGGCGCGUACGUGGCGCAGGCGAGCUCCUCCAGCAGGGACUGCAGGCAGCCACACCUCCCUCGACUGUCCUGGCCGGCUCGUGGCCCUGCGCGCGGAGCGCGUGGCCGCCCCCCAGGAAGGCCGAGAAGCGCCCCGCGCCCGACGCCACGGAGCUGGGCGGCUCGCGGCCGGCGGCCGCCCCCUCCACGGCCAGGCCUCCGCGGAGGCGCCCGGCGGCCCCCGCGGCGCGCGCGAAGGCGACGCGGGCGGCGGACAUGCGCGCCUCUCCCCGGCUGCUGCGCGGGCGGGGCGGUGGGGCCGGGGUCCUGGGCCAAAGCGGCU